AUGGCGGAGCCAGAUUUGAAAGACCAGGUCGCGGACUCGCGGAGGUCCACGUCGACGGCCGCUGCCACGGAUACGCUCACUCAAGACUCAGCGCGUACUUCAAUGCAGGCGAAUCACCAGGAGAAUCAACAUCAGUUUGACGCUGGACAAGGAGCGAGCCAUGAUUAUAGUGAGAAGCAGCAAGAGCAAGCCGGACAAGCUUCACAACCAGUCACCGAACUCACGCCAGCUGUACCGAUUUCCGCCGAACCCGUGUCCCUCCUGACCGGCGAACCCCCGAGCGAAGCACCUGUCGUCGAGCAGCCUCCCAAGUACUCGAUUCACCCAGCAUGGGCCAAGCGCCUCAUCAUCUUCGGCGCCUCCAUCUCCGCCUUCUUCUCGCCCCUCACCGCUCAGAUCUACCUCCCAGCUCUGCCUACCGUAGCUGACGACUUCCAUGUUACCGCGUCCAAGGCGACCCUGACGGUGACAACCUACAUGAUCUUCCAAGGCAUCACGCCCAUGUUUCUUGGUGGAUUGGCAGAUUCAGCGGGCCGUCGACCUGCCUACGUCAUCUGCUUUGUCAUAUACAUCGGGGCCAAUAUCGGUCUGGCGCUGUGCAAGAACUUUACGAGUCUCUUGAUUCUCCGCAUGCUGCAGAGUGCAGGGUCGAGCACCACCAUUGCUCUUUGCCAAGCCACGCUGGCAGAUAUCACCACCAGUGCGGAACGAGGACAAUACGUCGGUAUCACGGCGCUUCCUCAAGUCUUGGCUCCGAGUCUCGGUCCAGUGGUAGGCGGUCUGUUGACCAACUAUCUCGGCUGGCGCUGGAUCUUCUGGCUGCUAACCAUCAUGGCUGGCGUUAACCUUUUGGGCUUGCUCAUGUUCUUCCCCGAGACUUGCCGCAAGAUCGUAGGCGAUGGCAGUGGUCGCAAGGAUUCGCACUGGAUAUACUGGACUGGCUGGCAGCUACUCCGCGACAACCUUGCCCGUCGCGAACGCCGCAGGGAGCGGAAGCGUCGCGAGGCUGAACUUUCCAAGGAAGACCCGUCCAACCACAACAAUGGCCUCCACCUAACCGUCUCAACUGCUUCUGCCCCCCGUCAGAAGAUCAAGCUCAGCCUUACCACACCUAAUAUCCUCCAGUCUCUCACACUUCUCUUCCGUUCCAAACAGCUCGCCAUCCUCCUCUCCUACUCAGCCAUCGUCUUCUCCGGCUUCUACGCCAUCGGAACCGCCAUGCCUAACCAGCUCUCGACCCUUUACGGGCUUAACGACAUCGAAAUCGGCCUCAUGUACCUACCCAUGGCCGGUGGUUCCAUUGUCACAGCCUUUGUUAUUGGCAGGGUUAUCACAUGGAACUUUCACCGCCAUGCCAGGCGCCUGGGUAUGGUAAUCGACAGAAGCCGGCAGACGGAUCUGAGUGCCUUCCCCAUUGAGCGAGCGAGACUGGAGGUGGGACUGCCGCUGUUGGCGCUGACCAGUGCUGUGGUGAUCUCAUGGGGCUGGGCCAUGCAGAGCAAGACCAGUCUGGCGGCGCCGUGUGUUUUGCUGUUCCUUCUGGGAGUGGGCAUGAUUGGAUUCAACAACACGGUCAGCACCCUGGUUGCGGAUAUCUACCCGGGCAAGGCCGGAGCGGCGACGGCAGCAAAUAACUUGACGAGAUGUUUGCUUGGAGCGGCAAGCAGUGCGGUGAUCCUGCCGAUGGUCGAAGGAAUAGGAAGUGGAUGGGCGUAUACCAUCUUUGGAGGAUUGUAUGUGUUCUUUGCGCCGUUGUUGCUGGUGCUUAUGAGCAGGGGAAUGAGGUGGAGGGCGGAGGAGAAGUGGAAGGAGGAGGCCAAGGAGGAGAAGAGAAAGCAAGAACAGAAAGCGUGAGUGUGUGAUGAGAGAAACGGAAGCCCAAGCAUAACUAAGGUCGUUCGGCUUGAUUUUGAAGAGGAGUCGGGGAAGGAGAAGGUGUUGUGAUACCCAUUGCUUUCAUCCAAUUGCUUUUCAGCGUUGCAUUUCCGGCGUCGGGUUUGUGGUUCGAGGGAUAGACGGGAUAUAAUCUCCAAGCUCAAUGUGUGGAACGUCAUGUGCGACUUUUCGGGUUAGAUUCAACGUUCCAUGGUAGCAUUUCACUUUCGGACACUUGGUAUGUAGUACCGCAAAAUAGAC